UGACUGAAGAAAGGAAAAAAAAAAUACAAAGAUGGCAAGCUCAAGCUCAAGCUCUAAUCCACAUGUCACACUAGAAGUUGGAGAAGAAAACACAUACCCAUACCCAUACCCAUCACAUGUUUAUAAUACCCACAGUUUUCUUACCUUGAAGUUGAGUGGAAGGGGUGAGUAUGGUGUUUGGAAAACACAGAUGAUAUGUCUCUUAGAGAGUCAUGGUAUGCUUGGUAUCAUUGAUGGAACACUCGUAAGCCCUGAAAACAGUAGUAGUGAAUAUAGGCUGUGGAGAAGAUCAGAUGCCCUGGUGAAGGGUUGGAUUCUUGGUUCCCUCUCUAAAGAAACACUUGUGUAUAUUGUGAAUCGUCUCACAGGAGGAAAACGCCAUCAAGAAGAUUUCAGUGCAAAAGAUGUUUGGGAUGAACUGCAGAAAGUGUAUGCUCCUGUUUUUCCAAAACUACCUCCAGUUGUUGCGCCUCCUGUUGGUGCAGAUACACUACAAGAUGAAGACUUAGCAGGGGAUCUCCACAGCUUGUACAAUAAUAUUCAACGAGGAUAUUGGGAUUGGGUUGAAUAUACAUUAAAUGGGGGAAGGGUUACAGUGAUAGACAAAAUCACAAAUAAUGGCAACACCGCCCUCCAUGUAGCAGUCGGUACUUCCAAGAAGCGGGAAUUCUUAGAGAUAUUAUUGGAAAAGAUACCGGAGAACACACAACUUACAGAUGUGACAAAUUCAGAUGGAAGUACACUGCUUCAUGUCGCUGCCAUUAUUGGCAAUACUGAAGCUGCAAAGAUCUUGGUGGCAAGAAACCCAGAGUUGUUGGCAGAAGACAAUGAAGGUCAGACACCACUAGCCUUGGCUCUUUCUAAUAUGCAUACAGAGACAGCCCGACAUCUGCUGCAACACAUCAAUACUGAUACACAGAAGGAUGCUCUGUUUUCUGGCACAACUGGUGAUGGCCUUCUAGUUACAGUUAUUUCCUCUAAAGAUUUCCGCUUUGCUAUAGAUUUGUUGGAGCAUUACAAAACAUUGAAUAGUGAUGCUGUGUUGAUGGCUAUAGCUCAAAAUUUGCCACUUAAUGUAUUUGAAAAAUAUAAAGGUUUUCUGUAUUUAUACGGAUCCCUUUGGCAUAAAAUAACCGAGAGAUGUACUCCAUGGGCUUCCAAGUUCAUAAUCAACCCUUUCCUUUACGUGACUACUAUCAUCAUUAUGCUUUUCCUGAUUAUCCCUUGGAUGUUAGUGUCUCAAAUCACUAAAAGGAGAUUUCAAAUUCACAAAGAUGCUAUGGUUCUGUUGUCGAAUGUAUCUGGGUUGAUAAAGGAAAAUAACAACUCGAGCUCUUACCAUCACUAUUACACAAAUCCGAUUCUGGAAGCCACUAGACAAAAUGCAUACCAAGUUGUAGAAGUAAUUGUGUCUCACUUCCCACAUGCAAUUUGGAGUGCUAACGAAGAUGGCCACAACAUUAUCCAGUAUGCUGUGAUAAAUCGCUCAGAAAAGGUUUACAACCUACUUUUUCAGAUGAGCGAACAUAGGAAUAUAUAUCGAACAGUUAGAGAUUCUUAUGGGAAUAACCUGUUGCAUCUAGCUGCAAGAUUGGCACCUAACAACAAACUUAAUCUUAUAUCAGGAGCAGCUUUACAAAUACAACGUGAACUGCAGUGGUUUAAGGAAGUGGAAAGAUUCAUCUGUCCUCUAAGUGUAAUACAAAGGAACUCUUUCAACGAAACACCACAAACGGUAUUUACUAGAGAACACAAGGAGUUAGUGAUUGAAGGAGAAAAAUGGAUGAAGUCCACUGCAGAGUCCUACACGAUCACAGCCGCAUUAAUCAUCACCAUUGUCUUUGCAGCAGCAAUUACAGUGCCAGGAGGAAGCGAUCAGAACAAGGGGAUACCAAUUUUUAACAACAACACCGCCUUCACAGUGUUUGCAAUAUCAGAUGCCAUAUCAUUAUUCACAUCUGUUACUUCAUUGUUAAUGUUUUUGUCGAUCCUCACUGCACGUUUUGCUGAACAAGACUUUCUCUUCAAGUUGCCUACAAAGUUGAUAAUUGGUUUGGCUACCUUGUUCAUCUCAACCACAGCUAUGAUAGUAGCAUUUGGUGCAACAUUGUACCUUGUGUUUGGCCAUAGGAACUCAAGGAUUCUUAUUCCUAUAGCUGUGUUGACAUGCCUACCAAUUACUUCGUUUGUGACCUUGCAGUUUCCUCUCGUCCUAGACUUGAUAAGUACCACAUAUGGUCUUAGUAUUUUUGGUAAGAACAUAAGGGAUUAUCGUUUGGAUGGAGAAAUGUUGAUUUGAUAUAUAAAAUAUUGGGAAAUUAGAGAUCGAAUUGAUAGUGGAAGUCAGUGGAAUGCAUUGUAAUAUUAGCUAAUUCUUGGAAUAUAAUCUAAUUAUCUCAUAUAAUUGCUUCUUAAGGCUUAAUGUUGCUAGUA